AUGGCGUGGAACGAGCCGUUCGGCGAGUCGGCUCACCGGCCCGGUCGCCCCCCCGGCCGGCCCUUCUACGCCCCUCCCCACGUCAGGCGGGACGACGACGGGUAUUUCGGCCCCGGCGCCGGCGACCCGGCUUGGUCCCGCCCCCGAUUCGGCGCCUUCGACGCCGGGCCCCCCCGCGGCCGCGGCCGGGGCCGGGGCCGCAGCCGGAGCCGCGGCCGCCGAGGCGGAGAUCGCUUCCCGGCCGCCGAGCGGAGGUGCGGCGGGACGCGAGCCCCGAGCGGGAUUUCGGCUCGCUCGACGUGGCUGCCGAGUUCGGCGACCUCGAUGUCGUCGUCGAGGAGAGCGACGACGCCGGCGCCAUCAACUUCGCCGCGUACGAGAACGUGCCGGUGGAGGCCAGCGGCUCCGACGUCCCGCCGCCGGCGGGCACGUUCGAGGAGAUCAACUUGGGGGAGGCGCUGA